CUUCUCAAAAAGAAAACUUGGAAACUCGUUUUCGGUACCGAAAAAUCUUUUUUAAAAACGUUUUUGAGUAAUUUUAGAUCCUAAUAAAUUUACAAAUAACCUAAUUAAAAUAAAUUUUGUGCUAAAAGUUAUCAUUUUCUCAGUUUGCGCUAGUUAAAAUGGCCCUUCACGUUCCUAAAGCUCCUGGGUUCGCCCAGAUGUUGAAAGAAGGCGCACGGCAUUAUUCCGGUCUGGAAGAAGCCGUUUUCCGUAACAUCCACGCCUGUAAGCAAUUCGCUGAUACCGUACGAACUGCGUAUGGUCCUAAUGGAAUGAAUAAGAUUAUCAUCAAUCAUAUCGAAAAACUAUUUGUCACCAAUGAUGCUGCUACGAUUAUUAAAGAAUUAGAGGUUGAACAUCCAGCUGCAAAGAUAAUCAUUUUAGCAUCUCAAAUGCAAGAACAAGAAGUAGGCGAUGGAACAAACUUCAUUAUCAUUCUGGCAGGAGCUUUGUUACAAGAAGCCGAAGAUCUAUUAAGAAUGGGUCUUACGCCUACGGAAAUCACAUUGGGUUACGAAUUAGCUGCCGAAAAAGCUUUAGAAAUUUUACCGUCUUUAGUAUGCUACGAAGUAAAGGACUAUAAGAAUAAAGAACAAGCUGCAAAGGGUAUUAAAACAUCAAUUAUGAGUAAACAAUUCGGAAACGAAGAAUUUUUAUCGAAUUUGAUCACCGAUGCUUGCAUUUCAAUUCUCCCUGAAGAUGGUGCUUUCAACGUUGAUAGCGUGCGAGUUUGCAAAAUUUUGGGUUCUGGUUUACAAAACUCUUCCGUCGUACAUGGAAUGGUUUUCAAAAAGAAUAUCGAAGGAACUACCACGAAAAAGGGCCCAGCAAAAGUGGCAGUUUUUACUUGCCCGGUUGAUAUUGCUACCACCGAAACGACCGGAACUGUAUUGAUUAAAUCUGCCGACGAAUUGAUGAAAUUCAGUCGUGGCGAAGAGAACCUCUUGGAAGAGCAAAUUAAAUCAUUAUCCGAAGCCGGUGUCGAUGUUGUCGUUGCUGGAGGCAAAUUCGGCGAUUUAGCUUUACAUUACAUGAAUAAAUACAACAUGAUGGCCGUUAGUCUUCAAAGUAAAUUCGAUGUUAGACGAGUCUCGAAAACUGUCAACGCUACUGCUCUACCGAAAGUGAUAACUCCCAGUAAGGAAGAAUUAGGCUACGCCGAUUCCGUUUAUAUCGACGAAUUAGGAGAUACCCCGGUAGUCGUUUUUAAACAAAAUGGUAACAAUACUCGCGUAUCUACCAUUGUUAUUCGUGGUGCUACUGAUAACUACAUGGAUGACAUCGAACGAGCUAUCGACGAUGGAGUUAAUACCUUCAAAGGCAUCACUCGUGAUGGAAGAUUCGUCCCAGGUGCUGGCGCCACUGAAAUCGAACUCGCUUUGAAAAUCGCCCAAUACGGAGAUUCACUUUCCGGAUUAGAACAAUACUCUGUGAAAAAAUUCGCCACAGCUUUGGAAAGUUUUGUAAAAACGUUGGCCGAAAAUACCGGCGUUAAAGCGAAAGAAGUCAUCUCGAAGCUUUACGCUACCCAUAACGAAGGCAAACAAACAUACGGAUUUGAUAUCGAGGGCGAAGGUCCAAACUGUAUCGAUGCUAGCGAAGCUGGUAUUUUGGAUUUAUAUUUAACCAAAUACUGGGGUUUGAAAUACGCUACGCAAGCUGCCUGUACUGUAUUACAAGUCGAUCAAAUCAUAUUGGCUAAACGAGCCGGUGGUCCGAAACCGCAACAAGGCCCAAUGGAUGAUGAUUAAUUUAUUAAUUUUUUUUAUAAGUAAUAAUAGCUGUUUGAAUUUCGUGUGAUAAUUUAUAAUUACUCGAGUUCUUCAUUAAUGCACUAUAAUUUCGUUUUUUUCCUAUCUUCGACAUUAAAUAUGUGUAAUGUAACAAUGAAAAUUUUAUACGCAUUUUUUUCAAGUUCUUAACGAAUUUAUGUCUUAAGAUUCUUCUUUCCUUUUUGAUAAUCCAUCUUGCUGUAUUUAAUCUGUUUUGUUCCAAAAAAAUACAGAAUAAAUUUUGUAUUUUGUUAACA